AUGAAACAAGCAAACGACAAAACUCAGUUUCUUUCUUUCUCUUUCUCGUAUCUUUCUUUCCCGUUUCUUUCUUUCUCUUUCCUUUCUUUCUCUUUCUCGUUUCAUUCUUUCUCUUUCCUUGCCUUCUCUUUCCUCUCUUUCUAUUUCUCGUUUCUUUCUUUCUCUUUCUCUUUCUCUUUCCUUUCUUUCUCUUUCUCUUUCCUUUCUUUCUCUUUCUCUUUCCUUUCUUUCUCUUUCUCUUUCCUUUCUUUCUCUUUCUCUUUCCUUUCUUUCUCUUUCUCCUUUCUUUCUCUUUCUCCUUUCUUUCUCUUUCUCCUUUCUUUCUCUUUUUCUUUUCUUUCUCUUUCUCCUUUCUUUCUCUUUCUCCUUUCUUUCUCUUUCUCCUUUCUUUCUCUUUCUCCUUUCUUUCUCUUUCUCUUUUCUUUCUCUCUCUUUUCUUUCUCUCUCUUUUCUUUCUCUUUCUCCUUUCUUUCUCUUUCUCCUUUCUUUCUCUUUCUCUUUUCUUUUCUCUCUCUUUCUUUUCUUUCUCUUUUCUUUCUUUCUCUUUUCUUUCUUUCUCUCUUUUCUUUCUCUCUCUUUUCUUUUCUUUCCUUUCUUUCUAAAGAUCAAGAUAUUUUGCAGCACGUUGUUUUCUUUAUUAAAUUUUCUUUCUCUCCUUUUGAAAUGGGGUCUUGGCUGAGCUCUCUCUUUUCUUUCUCUCUCUUUCUGAGAGAAUUUCUCUCUCUUUUGUUUCUCUCUCUUUUCUUUCUCAGGGAUUUCUUUCUCUCUUUCUUUUCUCUAAAAUUUUUUUUUCUUCUCUCUUUCUUUUUUCUCUUAUUUCUUUCUUUCUCUCUUUCUUUCUCUCUCUUUCUUUUUCUUUCUCUUUUCUUUCUCUCUUUUCUUUCUCUCUUUUCUUUUUACUUUUGCUUCUUUCUUUUCUUUUCUCUCUUUUCUUUUUCUCUUUUCUUUCUCUCUUUUUUUUUCUCUUUUCUUUUUGCUUUCUUUCUUUUCCUUUUUUUUUUUCUUUUCUCUCUUUUUCCUUCUCUUUUUCUUUCUCUUCUUUUCUUUCUCUCUCUUUUUCUUCUUUCUUUUUUUUUUUUCUUCUUUCUUUUUUUUUCUCUCUCUUUUCUUUCUCUCUUUUUCUUUCUCUUUUUUUUUCUUUCUUUUUUCCUUUCUUUUCUUCCUUUCUUUUUUUCUUUCUUUUUCUUUUUUCUUUUUCCUUUAUUUUUGCACGUUGCUUCUUUUCUUUUUCCUUUACUUUUUGCUUCUUUCUUUUUUCCUUUACUUUUUGCUUCUUUCUUUUUUCCUUUACUUUUUGCUUCUUUCUUUUUUCCUUUACUUUUUGCUUCUUUCUUUUUUCCUUUACUUUUUGCUUCUUUCUUUUUUCCUUUUCUUUUUGCUUCUUUCUUUUUUCCUUUUCUUUUUUGCUUCUUUCUUUUUUUCCUUUUCUUUUUUUCUUUUUCUUUCUUUCCCUUCUUUCUUUUUCCUUUUCUUUCCCUUCUUUCUUUUUCCUUUUCUUUCUUUCCUUUCUUUUUCCUUUUCUUUCUUUCCUUUCUUUUUCCUUUUCUUUCUUUCCUUUUCCUUUUCUUUCUUUCCUUUCUUUUUCCUUUUCUUUCUUUCCUUUCUUUUUUCUUUCUUUCCUUUCUUUCUUUCCUUUUCUUUCCUGUUGUUCUUUUCUUUCCUGUUGUUCUUUUCUUUCCUUUUCUUUCCUGUUGUUCUUUUCUUUCCUGUUGUUCUUUUCUUUCCUUUUCUUUCCUGUUGUUCUUUUCUUUCCUGUUGUUCUUUUCUUUCCUUUUCUUUCCUGUUGUUCAUUUCUUUCCUUUUCUUUCCUGUUGUUCAUUUCUUUCCUUUUCUUUCCUGUUGUUCAUUUCUUUCCUUUUCUUUCCUGUUGUUCAUUUCUUUCUUUUUAACAACUUCCAUGUCCGAAAACUUCUCCACUUCUCGGAUUUUCAUCCGACCCCCGACCAGACGUACGAAAUAUUUAUGGACGGACACUUUAUCUCGACCUUUCCCGGAUUCCGGACCAUCUCCACUCUCCGGCCCCGGGGCCUACAAACGAACCAGCCGACCGACCAAUCGUUCGUCUGUCUAUCCGACCAGCCCAAGAAAGCCGACGCUCUCAAGCCUCUGCCAUAUUGA